AUGUCCUCUGGAACCAGUAUCAGCAGAAUUCGUCAGGCUCCCAGCCUGCAGGGUGUUGACCCAGAAACAUGCAUGAUAGUGUUUAGAACACACUGGGCACAGGUUCUGAAAAUCUUAGAGAAGCAUGAUCCUUUGAAAAACGCCCAGGCAAAGUAUGGGGCAAUCUCACCUGAUGAGGCCAGCACUGUUCAGAAUUAUGUGGAGCACAUGCUCUUCUUAUUAAUCGAGGAGCAAGUGAAGGAUGCCUCAAUGGGGCCUAUUCUGGAGUUUGUGGUUUCGGAAAACAUCAUGGAGAAGCUUUUCCUUUGGAGCCUACGGCGACAGUUCACCGAUGAGACAAAAAUUGAGCAACUCAAAAUGUAUGAAAUGCUAGUAACUCAGUCUCAUCAGCCUUUACUGCAUCAUAAGCCCAUUUUGAAGCCUUUGAUGAUGUUGCUGAGUUCUUGCUCAGGUACAGCCACUCCAACAGUGGAAACAGAGUUGGUCAUCCUCUUGAACCAGCUCUGCUCUAUAAUAGCCAAAGAUCCCUCAAUUUUAGAACUGUUUUUCCACACUAGUGAGGACCAAGGAGCUGCCAAUUUCCUCAUAUUUUCCCUGCUGAUUCCCUUUAUCCAUCGAGAAGGAACAGUAGGCCAACAGGCCCGUGAUGCGUUGCUUUUCAUAAUGUCUCUGUCUGCAGAAAACAACGUUGUUGCAAAGCACAUAGCAGAAAACACCUAUUUUUGCCCAGUGCUAGCAACAGGACUAAGUGGCCUCUAUUCAUCUUUGCCUACAAAGCUGGAAGAAAAAGGAGAAGAAUGGCACUGUCUGCUGAAAGAUGACUGGCUCUUGACACCAGCCCUUGUGCAGUUCAUGAAUUCCCUUGAAUUUUGCAAUGCUGUGAUACAGGUGGCACAUCCCUUGAUACGUAACCAGCUUGUGAAUUACAUCUACAAUGGGUUCUUGGUGCCAGUAAUGGCUCCUGCACUCCAUAAGGUGACUGUGGAAGAAGUGAUGACCACUACUGCAUACCUGGAUCUGUUCUUGCGUAGUGUUUCUGAGCCAGCUCUCCUCAAGAUUUUCCUCCGCUUCAUUUUGCUGCACCGACACGAGAAUGUGCAUAUCCUAGAUACACUUACUAGCAGGAUCAACACACCAUUCCGGCUCUGUGUGGUCUCCUUGGCAUUGUUCAGAACACUCAUUGGCUUGCAUUGUGAAGAUGUGAUGUUACAGCUUGUUUUAAGGUAUCUGAUCCCAUGCAACCACAUGAUGCUGAGCCAGCGCCGUGCUGUGAAAGAGAGAGACUGCUAUUCUGUAUCUGCUGCAAAACUGCUGGCCCUGACACCAGUCUGCUGCACCACUGGAAUCACUCUGACACUUGAAAGCCAAGGAAAAGAUUAUAUCCUAUGGACAAAAGCAGCACAAACUAAAGAUCCUGGUGGACGCUCCUCUGAAUCUGCUUGCAUCGUGGAAUAUGGAAGAGCUGUGGACAUCAGCUACUUGCAGUACCUGGGGGAAGCUCAAGAAGCCAUCCUCCAGUGCUUGAAAGAUUGUAAGGUUUGGUCUGCUUUGUAUGAUGGGGUAAACCCUGAUCCAGACACCUUUAUCCAAACACUUGCUGAGGAGAACAGUACAGAUGUGGAACACCCCAUGUUUCGGCUCCAGCAAAGGACACCUAGCACAUGUAGCUCCUCUCAAGUAACUCCAUGCAGUGAGAAGAUGCAGUUGGAGCUAGAAUGGGAUGAUAGCUAUGACACAGGAAUUUCUCCUGGUUCUAAUGUGAGCUCACCACAAGCGUAUGAUGAUCUGGGAAGCGCAGAAAUGCAGCCACCAGCAGAGCCACCAAAACACAUUCAAGAAAUGAAAAAAAAUGCCAUUAUGCUCAUUAAAGGUUCUUACAUAGAGGAAUCAGACUUUCAGGAUGAUGUUAUGGUUUACAGGUUAUGCGCCCAGAAGGAUACUCAAGAUGAUGACAGCUCCAAGGAGAAAACUUUAAAUGCAGCCAGAGAACAUGAGGUGCAAAGCCAGACAGUAAUCAAUGGGCCUCUUGCAAAGACCCAGCUGGAAAUGGACUUGGAUGAGCACAGUAAGAGAAAUUCAAGCUCAACUCAAGGUGUAAUGAAAGAACAAAUAAACCAGAAAAUGGCUGAGAUUGAUCCACAGCCAGACUUGGAGUUGAAGCUUUCUUCUCAGGAGGCAGAUUGUAACUUAAGUGUAAGACUGCUGAGCACAGAUGGUGAGGAUUUCAUUGCACAGUAUGACAAAAUUAUUAAGGAACUGGAUCCAAACAGCACAAGCUUGGAGGAGCAGAAGUUGGAUACUCCUGACCCUGUCUCUCCAGCAGAAGAGGAAGAGGACUUUGAGAAUUUCUCAGCAGACACCCCUUCUGCAGAGAGCAUGCCAUCUCCCUUUGGACCAAAGGAGGAUGGCUCUCCUAAACACACUUCGAGGAGUCAGAGCGUUCCAUUUACAGGACCAUUCAUCAGUGUAGUGUUGUCGAAGCUGGAGAACAUGCUGGAGAAUUCCUUGCAUGUAAAUUUGCUACUUAUUGGGAUUAUCACUCAGCUGGCGAGUUAUCCACAGCCCCUUCUUCGCUCCUUUCUGCUCAACACCAACAUGGUGUUCCAGCCCAGCGUGCGGUCACUUUAUCAGGUGCUGGCAUCUGUGAAAAAUAAGAUUGAACAUUUUGCUUCCAUUGAAAAAGACUUUCCAGGUCUUCUCCUGGAGGCCCAACAGUACUUGCUUUUUCGUGUGGACAUGUCUGAUGCUGCAGAAGAAUUGCUAACCAAAGGUAAUGUCCAGCACAGCAGCAACACAGGGAAAGGAAGGAACCUCUCUGAAUCUUACCCGACAGUACUCCAGCCUUUCCUGGGACAGAAAGGAAAGAAAGGUCUGGCUCAUCCUGGCCUUCCUGCACACGUGAGGAAUGCUGUACUUGCAGCUGCCCUUUUCCCGGAGUUCCUGAAGGAGUUGGCAGCUCUAGCCCAGGAGCAUUCCAUUUUAUGUUACAAAGUACUGGGGGAUUUUGAAGAUUAUUAUUAG